AUGUUCAGAAACAAUUACGACAACGACUCGGUGACAUUCUCGCCGCAAGGCCGGAUAUUCCAGAUCGAGUAUGCAGCCGAAGCAGUGAAGCAGGGUUCCGUGGUAGUGGGCAUUGCCAGCAAAACACACGCCGUUCUAGUAGCAAUCAAGCGCAACGCCGAAGAGCUGUCCUCGUACCAAAAGAAGAUCUUCACCGUCGAUGAGCACUCCGGUAUCGCCAUCGCAGGCCUCACCUCGGACGCCCGCGUCCUCUCCAACUUCAUGAAGCAGCAGUGCCUCGGCCACCGCAUGACGUACGGUCGCUCAAUGCCCCUCCGCACCCUCGUCGACAUGAUUGGCGAGAAGGCCCAGAUCAACACCCAGGUCUACGGCAAGCGGCCCUACGGUGUCGGUCUCCUCGUUGCCGGCGUCGACGAGCGCGGCCCCCAUCUCUUCGAAUUCCAGCCCAGUGGUAUGACGGAGGAGAUGGUCGCCUUCGCCAUCGGCGCACGCAGCCAGAUGGCCCGCACCUACCUCGAGCGCAAUAUCGACGCCUUUGAGACGUGCUCCCGCGAGGAGCUCGUGCAACACGGUCUCAAGGCCCUCAAGGAGAGUUUGGUCCAGGACCGCGAGUUGACGGUCGAGAACACCAGUGUCGGUGUCGUCGGCUACACCGAGAAGGAUGGUGUCAAGACGGUCCAGCCAUUCAAGCUGUACGACGGCCAAGACGUCAAGGAGUGGCUCGACAGUGUCGCCGCUAGCGAGAGCCAGGGCGGCGGCGAAGAGGGCGGUGAGGGUAUGGAGGUUGACGGCUAA